UGCUCCUUCUCCUCUUUUCAAUUCUCUGCAAAAUGGAACCAAACAAAGCUCAAGGAAAGAGGAGCUUGAACUUGGACAUCGAGGAGGAGGAAGAGGAAGAAGAAGCGGACGAGGACGAAGACCAUACGAGUAGGCCUUCGGUACUAGUGCAUGGAGAAGAUGAUAGGAGGAAGAGAGUGAUGGUGAUGAAUAGUGCUAGCGCUACUAGUCCGAGCAAGAAAGGAUCCGCUGCAGGGGGGUCUAUGACUACAAGGCCGAGCUGCCAAGCGCAGAGUUGCAAUGCAGACUUGAGUGAUGCAAAGCAGUACUACCGACGACACAAGGUCUGCGAUUUUCAUUCCAAGGCUCCGGUAGUGGUCAUCGGUGGCCUCCGACAGCGCUUUUGUCAGCAAUGUAGCAGGUUCCAUGACCUGUCUGAGUUCGAUGAAAACAAACGAAGUUGUCGCAGACGUUUAGCUGGGCACAACGAACGGCGCCGGAAAAACUCCUCCGAUUAUCCCAACUGAAUAACACAGACAAGAAAAUUUGAUCGAAUUGAAUCAUUGGAGGCCUCUUGUCCAAGCAGAUUAUAUGUAUUAUAUAUAUAGCUGGCUAUCUGAGCAUCUUG